AUUCUGUUCCAGCUCCUGGAAGCCAAGAUUGUAACGUUUGUGAAGAAUGAGCUGAAGAAGAUCCAGAAGGUUUUGAGUACAGAUUACCUAGGUUGUUUGGAGAGUCAGGAUGAGGAAGUGUUGGAGGGUGAGGAUGAGGUGUGUAAGAGGAGCAGCAGAGAGGCAUUUGUGAAGAUUGCAGUGGACUUCCUGAGGAGACUGGAGGAGAAGGAGCUAGCUGACUAUCUGCAGAACAAAUUUCUCAUUCAGCAUCCAUACCAGCAAAAACUUAAAUCUCAGCUGAAGAAGAAAUUCGAGUGUGUGUUUGAAGGAAUUGCUAAAGCAGGAAACCCAACCCUUCUGAAUGAGAUCUACACAGAGCUCUACAUCACAGAGGGAGGAACUGCAGAGGUCAAUGAAGAACAUGAGGUCAGACAGAUUGAAACAGCAUCCAGGAAAUCAAACAGACCAGAAAAAACAAUCAGACAAGAAGACAUCUUUAAAGCUUCACUUGAAAGAGAUGAACCAAUCAGAACAGUGCUGACAAAGGGAGUGGCUGGCAUUGGGAAAACAGUCUUAACACAAAAGUUCACUCUUGACUGGGCUGAAGGCAAAGUCAAUCAGGACAUCCAGCUCAUAUUUCCAUUUGCUUUCAGAGAGUUGAAUGUGCUGAAAGCGGAAAAUUUCAGCUUGGUGGAACUUGUUCAUCACUUCUUUACUGAAACCAAAGAAGGAGGGAUUUUAACCUUUGAAGACUUCCAGGUUGUUUUCAUCUUUGAUGGUCUGGAUGAGUGUCGACUUCCCCUGGAUUUCCACAAAACUAAAAUCCUAACUCAUCCUAGAAAGUCCACCUCAGUGGAUGUGCUGCUGACAAACCUCAUCAGGGGGAAACUGCUUCCCUCUGCCCACCUCUGGAUAACCACACGACCUGCAGCAGCCAAUCAGAUCCCUCCUGACUGUAUUGACAUGGUGACAGAGAUUAGAGGUUUCUCUGACAAACAGAAGGAGGAGUACUUCAGGAAGAGAUUCAAAGAUGAGGAGCAGGCCAGCAGGAUCAUCUCCCACAUCAAGACAUCACGAAGCCUCCACAUCAUGUGUCACAUCCCAGUCUUCUGCUGGAUCACUGCUACAGUUCUGGAGGAUGUGCUGAAAACUAGAGAGGGAGGAGACCUGCCCCAAACCCUGACUGAGAUGUACAUCCACUUCCUGGUGGUUCAGGCCAAAGUGAAGAAGGUCAAAUAUGAUGGAGGAGCUGAGACAGAUCCACACUGGAGUCCAGAGAGCAGGAAGAUGAUUGAGUGCCUCGGUAAACUGGCUUUUGAUCAGCUGAACAAAGACAACCUGAUCUUCUAUGAAUCAGACCUGACAGAGUGUGGCAUCGAUAUCACAGCAGCCUCAGUGUACUCAGGAGUGUUCACACAGAUCUUUAAAGAGGAGAGAGGACUGUACCAGGACAAGGUGUUCUGCUUUGUCCAUCUGAGUGUUCAGGAGUUUCUGGCUGCUCUUCAUGUCCAUCUGACUUUCAUUAACUCUGGAUCUGAAAGAAGAAAAUCUGCAGAUGAAUACUUCUAUAAGAAUGCCGUGGACAAGGCCUUACAGAGUCCAAAUGGACACCUGGAUUUGUUCCUCCGCUUCCUCCUGGGUCUUUCUCUCCAGACAAGUCAGACUCUUCUACAAGGCCUGCAAACACAGACUGGAAGGAGUUCACAAACCCGACAGACUCUCCUACAAUCUUUACUGACACUGAUGAGAAGUAGCUCACAAAUUAAUCAGAAAACAGUCCAGUACAUCAAGAAGAAGCUUAGUGAGAAUCUUUCUGCAGAGAAAAGCAUCAACCUGUUCCACUGUCUGAAUGAAUUAAAUGAUGUUUCUCUGGUGGAGGAGGUCCAACAGUCCCUGAGUUCAGGAAGUCUUUCCACAGAUGAACUGUCUCCUGCUCAAUGGUCAGCUCUGGUCUUCCUCUUACUGUCAUCAGAAAAACAUCUGGAUGUGUUUGACCUGAAGAAAUAUUCGGCUUCAGAGGAGACCCUUCUGAGGCUUCUGCCAGUGGUCAAAGCCUCCUCAAAGCUCAGUAAACUCAGUCGCUGUAACCUGUCAGAAAGAUGCUAUGAAGCUCUUUCAUCUUCUCUCAGACUGGAAGACUGUGAACUGAGAGCUCUCAACUUGAGCUACAAUGACCUGAAAGAUUCAGGGGUGACACUGCUGUUUGCUGGCCUAGAGAAUCCAUGCUGUAAACUGGAAAUGCUGAGACUGAGUGGCUGUAACCUCUCCGAAACUAGCUGUGUAAGUUUCUCUUCAGUUCUCAGUUCACAAUCCAAUAGUCUGAGAGAGCUGGACGUGAGUAACAAUGACCUGAAGGACUCUGGAGUGAAAGUUUUGUCUUCUGGACUGGGAAGUCCACAUAGUAAACUGGAUACACUCAGGCUGUCAGGCUGCCUGAUCACAGAAGAAGGUUGCAGUUUUCUGAUCUCAGCUUUUGGCUCAACUCCUUCCAAUCUGAGAGAGCUGGACCUGAGCUACAAUAAUCCUGGAGAGGAAGGAAUGAAGCUGGUGAGGCAGCUGAGACCAAACACUGUCAGGGUGGAGCCUGCUGGAGUCCGAUGGUUGAGACCAGGUCUGAGGAAGUAUUCCUGUCAACUCACAAUCGACACAAACACAGUACACAGAAAUCUCAAACUGUCUGACAACAACGGGAAGGUGACAUGUGUGAAGGAGGAUCAGUCAUAUCCUGAUCAUCCAGACAGAUUUGAUUAUCCUCAGCUGCUGUGUAGAGAUGGUCUGACUGGUCGCUGCUACUGGGAGGUCGAGUGGAGAGGAAGAGUUUAUAUAUCAGUGAGUUACAGAACAAUCAGAAAGCAGGGGAAACAUACAGACUGUGUGUUUGGAAAGAAUAAUAAGUCCUGGAGUCUGUUCUGCUCUGGAGAUGAUGGUUACUGUGUUUGGCACAAUAACCAGAAGACAUCCAUUUCCUCCUCCUCCUCCUCUGUCUCUAACAGAGCAGCAGUGUAUGUGGACUGUCCUGCUGGCACUCUGUCCUUCUACAGAGUCUCCUCUGACACUCUGAUCCACCUCCACACCUUCAACACCACAUUCACUGAAGCUGCGUAUCCUGGAUUUACAGUCUCAUGUGGUUCCUCAGUGCGUCUCCUUACUCAGGGCAGAUACACAUGGAGACACAACCAGGUUCUCAGGUGUCUAGCCGAGAAAGUUGAGUGCAAAAGAAAAUCCAUCAACGCUCAACCUUUCACGAACCAAGAGGAGCGUCAGUUUUCAUCAACAUUUGUCUGGGAAGGAGACAAGCCGAGGACAAGCCCCUCAACCCCAGACCUGGGCCCGCUGAAGGUUACCAGGGAUUGGGAGAUGCAAGUGGACUUGGAUCAGAGGCUAAUUUUUCCCACAGAGAUUGUAACAACUACUCUGCGACCAGACCUCGUCCUCUGGUCUAACUCCCGAAAUCUUGCAUACGUCAUUGAGCUGACGGUACCAUGGGAGGAAGCAAUUGAAGAAGCAUUUGAGUGUAAGAAGCUGCGGUAUGCCCACUUGGCAGCUGAGGCAGAGGAUAGAGGCUGGAACAUCAAGGUGCGCCCGGUGGAAGUGGGGUGCAGGGGCUUUGUUGCCAGCACAACAGCAAAACUGCUUAGAGAGAUUGGGAUCAGAGGACAGGUGCAACGGCAGGCUAUAAGAGAACUAGCUAACACUGGCUAUGGUUAA